GCAAAGGCCCGUCCCGCCGAAAAGGGAAAGAAGCCUACCCUUGCUGGCCUGGCUGCUCAGCAAACUGCUCUGCAAGACCUCGUGGUGAGCCUGGUCGACAGGGUUCAGGCUUUGACAGACAGCCAAGCUGCCGGGGCCCAGGCCCCCCGUGCCCAAGGUCCGGCCGACCUAGGUUCAGGUACAAAGGUGCUGGCCCAGGCUCAGGCGCAGGCAGGCAAGCCAAUCCUUUCGGCCCCACUUCACCAGAUGUUGCCUCCGCCCCCGGCAAAGCCGAAGCGCUUCUCCGACAUAUUGGGGCCGCCUCCUCCAGUAAGAGCCCCGGCCCAGGAUGUGCAAGGACCUUUGGCUCUGGAGCCCCCGGGCGAAGAGGCCCUCCCGGACAUUAUGCAAGAAGAGCUGCAGCAAGGUCCAGGCGAGCCGCUUGCACAGGCUAUGCUUUUCCAGGCGAAGGCCCUCUCCAGCCUGGUGUCCCAGCUCUCUUCGGGCAGUGGCGAGUCCCUCCUCGACUCCAGCGCAGGUGGCUCUCUAUCCACGCGAGGUACCAAUGGCAGGCUGAAGAUUCAGGCCGAGCUUGCCCUCCGAGAUGGAGUUUUCUUCGACAAGGUUGUUUCGGCGGCCGCUCGCCGGAUGGAUCCCUCAAGCCUCGGAGGCAGUGCUGGGUCGCUGCAGGGUCCCGUCUCCCAGGACACUAUGACCCAAUACCUGGAAAGGUUCGGGGGCUACUCCCGCGACAGGACAAUAGGCCUGGCCCAGUGGCAGUGCGGUUUGGCCAUGGAUCUUCUUUCCCGAAACGAGGCCCGGGGCGCAGCGGACGCCGUCGCCAUGAUGAUGGUGUUCUUCGAGCAGACCUCCCUAGAUGGUUCCCCGGACCUGGCCUGGCUUCUUACUCACCUGCCAGACCCUCCGAACGGUCUGUUCAUGGAUCGCACCACGACGCCGACCACGACACUGAGGCCUUUCUCCCCCUUGGCUGACCAGAGGCUUCUCGCCACGACCCUGGCCUACGUGAAGGAGCUCGAUGCUCUGACGGCAAAGAGGUUGCUUUUGGCCGCGAAGACCAGCUUCAGCCGACUGCUGCUGGCCUCUUUUUCUGUUGGUUUCCACGAGGGGGUCUGUGGGAUUUCCCAGGCCAUCUACCCUGGCUGCUCUGAGGUGAAGGGCCUCGCCAUGAUUUCUGGCCGAGGCCAUUGGGAUGUCAGUGCCUACCUGGGCCCCGAGCUUUUGCUCCCCUACCGUGAGCCCGCCGUCCUGAGGGGCAUACCUGAGAACUCCCUGUGCUACCCCGACACUGCAAAGGAAAGCAAGGAGGAGAUGCUUAAGGUUUUCUCCCUUUGGGAUAGUCUGGGCCUCUUGUCGAUAACCCCGGCCCCUGCUCAUCCUGAGUCCCUCUGCCGCAUCUUCGGAGCCUACAAAACGCCGGCCGCUGACCGCAUGAUCGGAGACCGCCGUGGUCCCAACGCUUUGGAGGGCCGCCUGUGCGGUGUCUCGUCGGACCUGCCUCAAGGCUUUCUGCUGGCAGGCUUCUCGGUGCCACAAGGGUGUGCCUUGUGCGGUGCCAGCACGGACCGGAGCGACUACUACCACCAGAUUUGGACGACACCUCAGCGCACUGCAAGCAACGCGGUGGGGCCGCCGCUUCGCCUGUCCGAGCUCCGAGCUACGCGUGCCCAUGGCGAGUUUCUUGCAAGAGCCGUUGCAGGCCUGGGCUCUGUUAGGAACGGCCUCCUAGGCCGAGACCGGAGGUCUGUUUAUGAGCUUCGUGGCCCGGACCCCGUGGUGUGUGGCGCUUUUCGAGCCAUCCUGCAGGGUGAUCACAGUGGUGUAGAAAUCGCCACGGCGGCCCAUGAGGGAUUGUUAGAAGGCUGUGGGUUGUUGGCCGAAGACAAGAGGCUCGUCGCGAGCCGGCCCCCUCCAAUCGGCUCUUGUGCGGAAGCCCUCGUGAUAGAUGAUUUUUUCGCAGUCAGCCUCGUUGAUGCUGACAGCCUGAAGGGCCUCGAAGGUGAGGCUCUUUCACGAGCCCUCCAGGCGAGCACUGCCACCCAAUGUGUUUUUCGAGCGAAGGAGGCCUAUCGCGAGGCCCAGCUUGCAGGGUCCGACCACAAGGACAACUUGGGGUCUCUGACCUUUACUGUUGCCGGUGCUGAGGUUUGUUCGGAGCUUGGGCUUGUUGAGCAAGGCGCCGUUUUGGUCGGGGCCCCUCUGCAAAGACGUUUGGCGCUUUCUUAUGUGUCCCUUAAAGCAGCCGCCCUCCCAGGGACUUCAGAGGAGCUCGUCUCUUCCAUGCUUGGGGCCUGGGUUUCCUAUAUCCAGUUUCGCCGGCCCUUUGCCUGCUUCCUUGACACUGCUUUUAAGCUUGGAGCUAAGAAGGCCCAUCCUUCGGGAAGCUCGGCCCGGCCUCUGCCUCGGAAGGCCUGUGAGCUUUCCUUGCUUGCUGCCUGUGCGCCCCUCCUGGCCUCGAACAUUGCUGCGCCUUACGACGACCACGUCUACUGUGCUGACGCGUCUCUUGCGAAGGGCGCCUUUUGCAAAGCCAGGGUUGGCAGGGACAUCUCUGAGGCCGUCUGGCACUCUGGCACCAAAGGAGGUCAUACCCGCCUAGGUUCCCCUCAGCCCGACGACCCGUGCCCCGAGGCCCCCGCCGAACUCUUCGAUGGCCCCCGCGGAGAGGGUCCCCUGCCUAAGGAGCUUGCUAGUGCAAAGGCCCGGCCCCUUGGAAUGGACUACGACUUCGCUGAGGUCUUUUCGGCUACAGGCACCGUCUCUGAGGCGGCCAAGGAGCUGGGGCUCAGGGUCGGACCCAGAGUGUCCCUGGCAGCUAGCGAGGAGUUUGACCUUCUGCGGGCCCACGUUCUCGACUGGCUGCUGUACCUCAUUUCGCGUGGGCGCCUCCGGAGCCUUUAUAUCAAGAUGCCUGCUGGGAGUUUCAGCCGUGCCUUCAGACCCCGCUGCCGCUCCGCGCUCCGGCCUUUUGGUUUUGGGCCCCUCCCUGCCAAAGUUAGGCUUGAAAACAGGCUUGCCUCGAGAGCCCUCUUCCUGCUGAAGUUCUGCCAACGCUGCGGGGUUCCUUGCAUCCUCGCCUGCGCUGCGGGCUCUUUCUUCUUCGAGCUCCCUGCUGCCAGGGCCGUCUGUGGCUCCGAGCGUUUUCGGUUCUUUGCCUCGGCUCGGGCUUUCUGUGGUGCCGGGGCCUCCUGCCACCUUAGUUUUCUGACUACUGGUGUGCCGCUAGCUGCCCGCAGCCCUUGUCAGUUUGCGGACCAGUCUUUCGAGUAUGCUCUGGCCGGCCUCGUCCGCUCUGCCCUUGCAGCCAGACGUGAGCCCGAGAUAGAACCGAGGCCGGGACUCGAGUCCGCUCUAGCCGACGAUGUCCUCUUGACCUCGAACUGGGAGGUUUGCUCUUCGUGGCGGUGGCCGGCAAAGAAGCACAUAAAUGUCUUCGAGAGUGAUGCUGCCUUGUCCUUCUACAAAAGGCUUGCCUUGGAAGGUGGCGACCGCAGGUGUGCUUUGAUUUCCGACUCCGCCGUUGUCGUUGGCUCCCACCGAAAGGGCCGCUCCUCCGCCCGCCUUCUGCGUGCUUCUUUGAAGAGGGUCGGCACAACUACGAUCGCCGGGGGGCUCUACACGAGCCUAGUGUUUGGCCCGACUCGGUGGAACCCCUCCGACGACCCUACUCGAGACGCCCCUCUGCGCACGGUCUCUGGGACAGCUGUUUGCUCCGGCCUCUCCCGCGAGGAACUUCGAGACCUAAGCAGCUUGCGUGGCCUUUCCAGACCUCGUGCAAAUUGGGUCCGCCUUGCCCUUGUCCUUUUCACGGUCGCUUUUGACCACCCCUCUCGGCUGGUAUCUGCCCUGAGGUCUUUCCCUUCAGGCUCGAGGUUUGCGGUGCUGCCUGAGGUUUUCUCCUACAUGCCGCUCUGCCACCAGGCCUUCGACCAGACCCUUGGCUACCCUGGUGAAGGCCCCUCCUUUUGCCUGGCUUUUGGUUUUCUCCAUCUCUGGAUUUGUACCGGGACGCUCAUUCCCCGGAACCCCGAUGACUUUCGCCGUCUUGACCGUCAUCUGCGCCCGCUUCCUCUUGGCCGUCCGGUGCAAGCUGCUACUUCUUCUAGGAGGGCUGUUCUAAUUUCAGGGUUCUCGCAAUGGCUGCUGGAAGUUAUCGGGAGGUCUCUAGAAGAGACUUUCGCCGAGAGGCCCUUUGACACCGAAGGCUUUGUCAAGCUCCUUGUUCUUUUUGGCAGGGACCUCUACAACAGCGGCCGCCCAUACUGGCAUUUUUCUGAAACUAUAAAUGGGCUGACCGCCAGAAAGCCUACGAUCAGGCGAUCCUGUCAGUCUGCAUGGGACCUGGCCUUUACCUGGCUCUCUGAGGAGCCCUCUUCACACCAUGUGGCGAUGCCGCCGAUUGUUUUGAUGGCGAUCAUUACAGCAUGCCUGGCCUGGGGCUGGACACGCGAGGCGGGAAUAUUUGCCCUGGCUUGGGGGGCCCUCCUGAGAAUCUCCGAGGCCACGCAGGCCUGCCGUGGUAACCUGAUUUUUCCUGAGGACGCGCUUUUCAUGCAGUCUUUUAUAUUGGUGCGUAUUGACCAACCGAAGACCCGAGGGAGAGCUGCGAAACACCAGUCUGGGAAACUGGAGGCCAGCGACCUUGUUUCGGUUGCCUCCCUGGCUUUCCUUCACCUGCCUAAGACUGCUAGGCUCGGGCCUUACACAAACCAGACCCUCAGGAGGCGCUUGGGCAGUAUUCUGGAUCGUUUGGGGAUCCCAAAAUCUGGGGCGCAAGGUCGCUCUCUGGACCUGGGGUCCCUCCGCCCAGGCGGAGCAACCCACCUCCUUCAACUGACAGAGGAUUCUGAAUUGGUCCGCCGACGUUGUAGAUGGGCUUCUCAUAAAGUUAUGGAGAUCUACCUCCAGGAAGUUUCGAGCUCCACUUUUAUUAUGGAUCUCCCGGAGACAGCUCGAACUAAGGUGCUCUCGCUGGCCCACCUUUUUCCUGGAACCCUGGCGCAGGCUCGCAUUUGGGCAACUAACAACAUCCGCAGCAAGUGCUGGAGCUACCUUUGGCCAUAG